ACGGCAGCGGGUCCGCCAUUUUGAAAGGAUCAACGAAUUGUUUUUUCAUAUACAACCUACAUUUAAACAGUUAUUUUGCACAAUCUUUAUAAAGUGAGACGCAAGAAUACAUUGAUUCAUUCUGACUGUUGCUUUCUGUUGUGACUUAAUUCGGCCGGCGAUUAAAGCUAACAUUAUGCACAUAUCCCAUAAUGCAGCGUGCUUUCCAGCUUGUGGAAAAAUGGCGACGGAAAACACAAUGUCCACGAUGUCUAUAAAGAGUGUCUUCCCAAAAGUAGCCUUGAAGUCUGAAGUGCAGGAAUAUCUUCACAAUGUCUACAUGAACAAAGAGCUCGUGUCAGAACUCGGAGAAGAGGAGGCUGAGAAAGUGUUUGAUUCGCUGCUGUCCUGUCUGUCCCACCCGCCAGCACUUACCUGCCUGAGAGCCAGCACACACACACACACCCUACAGGACAUUCAACACAGGCUGGAGCAGCACCUUGCUCAGGUCUGUCAACAAGGGAGUGAUUGUUGUGCUGGCAGAUCUUUCACUCCCAUUAUUCAUCACCCACAACUUCCAGACGUGCUGCUGCUGCCAGUCAGAGGACCGAGAGAUGUGAGAAUUCUGGACAUGAAAGUGGUGGUCGGUGCACAGUGUGGCAGUGCAGUACUGAGAGGAGCUCAUGUCUUUGCUCCAGGUGUCCUUAGUGCACCAAAGUUUAUGAAAGCCGGUGACAUAGUGUCAGUGUUCUCGGACGUGGAGGGCAGGUGCACACGAGGAACUAAAGAUUUCCAGGGAAAUAAAGUCUUUGUGGGGAAUGGUGUUUGUGUGAUGAACCGAUCUGAUAUAUUUUGUGCAGAAGGUCCAGUGAGAGGCGUGGCCAUUAAAAUGGAUGAUGCUCUUUACCAAAGUCCAUCCUUUGAUGGUGUGUUGCCAAAUGAAGUGUUCCUGCAGAACCUCCCAUCCGUUGUGGUGGGACAUGUUUUAGGGCCUCGUCCCGGUGAGAGGAUUUUGGACAUGUGUGCAGCUCCUGGAGGGAAGACAACUCACAUAGCUGCUCUCAUGGCUAAUCAGGGAGUGGUCGUGGCUCUGGACAAGAUCAAAUCCAAAGUGGAGAAGAUCAGAGAGAAUGCUGACGCUCUGCGGCUGCACUGCAUUAAAGCGCACUGUUACAACAGCAUACAGGCCAUCUGCCCUGACCUUACCCAUUCCUGUAGUGCAGCAGACGCUCCUCCAUUCCCAGAAGAGAGUUUUGAUCGGAUUUUAUUAGAUGCUCCGUGCAGUGGGCUGGGACAGAGACCUAACAUGGCGAUCAACUACAGUCUCAAGGAAGUGUGCUCAUACCAGCCUUUACAGAGAAAGCUCUUCCGCACAGCUGUGCAACUCAUGAAAAAGGGAGGUGUGUUAGUGUACAGUACCUGCACUGUAACACUUGCUGAGAAUGAAGAGCAGGUGGCCUGGGCAUUGAAAACGUUCCCAUGUUUAACUCUGGAGCUACAGGAGCCACACCUUGGAUCCCAAGGCAUGCCCGGAGCUGAAUUAUCACAUGACCAGCUGAGGCUGCUGCAGAGGUUCCGCCCAGAAUUCUCAUGGCACGGGGCUACUGACAUCCACGGCCCUGAAGACCUCCUACUAAAAGCCAACACAGACACUAUCGGCUUUUUCAUAGCAAAAUUCAUGAAGAGAUAACGCACGUUCUCUCAUAACACGUGUUCAUGGAGCAGCUCAAAGAGGCAGAAGGAAAGAAGUGCCGGGAAGGAGGGGUGAACGGACGGCAUGAAUGGAGAGAAGAGAAGGGGUGGUGCCAUGCGUUGUUCUGCUUCCGUUGGCAUGACAACAGUGACGCAACGGCUGCUAUGGUGAUCGUUGGUUUUGCGUGACCGUUGGACUGUGACCAGGAAGCAGCAUGCAGCCAGAGGACACGAUGCUGUUGACAGUUUGUCCCUAACUCUCACACACAGAGCAAAGUGACCAGCAGCUGAAUUAGUUAAUCAACAGAUGUACUGUACUAUUUUCUUUUCUAGUACUGUAUAAUAUUUUUUUAUUUUUAUUGCUAAAUGAAUAAAUGUUUUAAAAUUUU